AACAUUUAUACACGGCGCCAGUGUAUCAACAAUGCCACGCUUAGAGCUUGUUGGCGAAUCUAAGGAACACACAGGAUGUAUAAAUAGAAUCAAGUUUGAUUUCUCUGGCUUGUAUUGCCUGUCUGCGGGUAACGACAGAAGUGUCCGUCUUUGGAAUCCUACACGGCCGUUACACAUUAAGCGUUUCUUUGGUCCACAUAAUUAUCAUGUUAACGACGUAUGCUUGAGUGGAGACAGCAACCAUUUCGUGUCCGCUGGUGCUGAGCAUUCCGGAUUUUACUGGGAUACUAUAGAAGGGAAGGUCGUAAGGAAGUUUGACCAUGGAGGCGCUGUUACAUGUUGCAAUUACGUUGCUGAUCAUACAUUGAUAUGUACCGGUAGUGAUGACCGUAAUAUCCGUUUUUGGGACCUCCGUAGCCGCGGGCCCAUAUCUACAUUAAGUGACGCCAAGGACAGCGUGUCGAGUGUCUGUGAAAGGGAUAAGGUCAUUAUUGCCUCAUCUAUCGAUGGAGCUGUACGCUCAUAUGAUUUGCGUAAAGGUUUGUUGAAGACCGAUUACCUCGAGAAGCCAGUCGUCAACACUUAUGUAUCCACGGCUAUCGACGACUGCUACGUAGCGUCGAUAUUGAAUAACACAAUCGCACUGGUAGAGCGUGGUGAUAUUUUAACCACAUACCAGGGACACACGUGUGAAAGCUAUCGCAUACACUGCACAUUGGAUCCAUGUGAAGAGUUUGUUUUAUGUGGAAGCAGUGAUGGUACACUGUGCUGCUGGUCCAUAUCAGACCCCAAGUCCCUCAUUAAGGUCCCGAAAGCACACUCUGGACCCUUGACAACGGUUAGUUUCUCCAACCCAUCGCUUCUAAAAAAUGGGCGCCUUGUACGUGACUUGGAAAAGGAUGUUCGCGAUUCUUUGCGCCAACAAGGCAGCUUAUUAGUCACAGGAGGGAAGGAUGGAUACCUACGUGUAUGGCGCUUUUACAAUAACUAGGUUGAUAGUUACAUUAUAUUAAAAUAGCCAUG